AUGGCAGUGAGAUUUUCUAUAUAGAGGAAGCCAAGACAGUAGUGAUAAGCACAAAAACCUGCUAAAAAUGAGGACUCAAGGAAGGCCGAAGGUAGCCUUAGUGCCUUAUCCAGCACAGGGACAUGUGACUCCCAUGGUUCAACUUGCAUCAGCCUUGAACCGUUUAGGCUUCCAACCAGUUCUCAUCAACCCCCAGUUCAUCCACUCUCAGUUGUCAUGCACUGCAGUUAGUGAAGAUGAUGGUAAUGUCGUUAUGUUCAUGUCUAUUCCUGACGGCCUGGAUGAUGACCAACCACGUGAUUUCUUUGCAAUCUCGCAUUUCAUGGAGAAUAUCAUGCCUCUGCAUCUUGACCAACUCCUUCGAAGCUUUGAUAGCAGAGCAGAAGGCCUUGCUUUUGUUGUUGUUGAUUUGCUCGCAUCUUGUGCAAUCAGUGUUGCGGAGCGCUGCAGAAUUCCUGUUGUUGGAUUUUGGCCAGCCAUGUACGCCACUUAUACCAUUGUGAAAGCUAUUCCAGAUUUUAUCCAAAAGAGACUUAUUUCCGCCAUUGAUGGUUCUCCAUUGACAGAAGAAACAGUGGGCUUUUUACCUUCUUUACCUGGGCUGAACCCAACCCACUGUCCAUGGUUGGUAGGAAAUGCAACUUCCCGUCUUUUCAGAUUCAAGUUUUGGUUAGCAACGUUGAAACGUGUUGCUUCCCUGAAAUGGAUCCUGUUCAACUCAUUCCCGGAAGAGAAUCAAAGACAGCAACAACCAUCACUCUCCAUUGCAGAACCAGUGGUUUCUCCAGAACCAGUGGUUUCUCCAGAACCAAGCUUAUUCCAUGUUGGACCACUCACGAGGCAUAUUGAGCACAACCCUAGCAUGUGGGAGGAAGAUAAUAGUUGCACUGUUUGGCUGGCCAAGCAGGUCUCUGGUUCAGUGAUUUAUGUCUCUUUUGGAAGCUGGGUUGGCCUGUCACUUCAACAACAUAUAGUUGAGUUAGCAAUUGCAUUGGAAGCCUCAGAAAGGCCAUUUCUGUGGGUGUUACGAACUGCAUGGCAAGCAAAGCUCCCAACAGGUUUCCUGGAAAGUGUUGGACGGAGGGGGAAAGUGGUGGACUGGGCUCCACAGAGGGAGGUCCUGGAAAGCAAAGCAGUUGGUUGCUUCCUGACACAUUGUGGGUGGAAUUCAACCGUAGAAGCCAUAAUUGCAGGAAAACCACUUCUGUGCUGGCCUGUAUCAGGUGACCAGUUUGUGAACUGCGAAUUCAUCGUAAAUGUUUGGAAGGUAGGGAUUCAACUGGAAGGCGAGGAGAGGGAGGAUAUAAGAAAAGGGCUAGCAAUGAAGAUGUCUCACUGGCAAGAGCUCAAGAAGAAUAUGUUGGCACUGAGGAAGAGAGUGUUCGGAAUUGAUGGAGAGCUGACAGCAAUGAAAAAUCUUAUAUCCUUCACACAAGCAGUGAUGAACGGGAAAGCCUAGUGGAGGAAAGAUACAAAUCGUAUGGGAAUGCAAUGGUAAGGAUCUUCAAUUAAGAUGCAAAUUUUGAUGCAUGGGUAAGCUGGAUCAUGUCCACCCAUGAUAAUUUAACUGCAGGAGAUAUUUCCAGAUUUCCAGUGUUUUCGUCUCAGAAAGACUACUCCUGAUCAACUGAUGUCUGCUCUACGAGAUGGUUGGAGAAAUAUUUGACUUUGAAUUUUCAGCUUUCAAGAGAGAGACAGAUUUAUAGUUCUCAGGAAAAUAGAAAAUAAACAGCAUGAAACUUAUUUGGAUAAGCACUACUUUAGCACCUUCAACUAUAAGCCAUGCUGCUUUUUGGGCAUAUUUACACCUGAUUAUUUUCAGGUAAAAUGCCAGACAAAAUUUACUCCAAAAUGCAGAAAUUACUCUAUCAAGGAAGAGAAAAUGGAUCUAACAAGACAAGAGUAGAUAUUAGUUUAAGAAUGGUUCAGCAAAUCAGCAAACAUUAGAAUUAGUGUUAACUGAGCUACACAAUUCUCACUAGUUCCACGCCUAAAACUGAUCAAAUCUAGUCAUAUUUGUGCAAAUUUGUAAAUGGCAUGAAAGAAAAAACAAAUUGUUUCCCUUCAUCUGCAUGAUAAUUUCCUUAAUAUGGCCCCCAUGUAGAAAUUUGAGUACCUGCAUUGCACAACUAUGUCUGUGUGUUUGUGUUUUAAUUGACACAUAGGAGCAGUUUGAUGUUUCCAGUAAGAAUCUGAUGCAACUUCAAAUUUCAAAAAUUUUUAAUAUAGCCCUUAUAAGCAGACAUUGAAACAAUUUUGGUCUUGUGAUGAUUUAAUUAGUGGAAGAAGUAACAUCUUUUUAGUAGUUUGAGAACAGUUGGCUAAUCAAAGCACCUACCGAAGUUUAGUGAGUUGCAGUAAGAAUCUGAUGUAACUUCAAAUUUAAAAAAAUUUGGUAUAGCUCUUACAGCAGAGAUUGAAACAAUUUUGGCCUUCGAUUAUUCAUAUAAUGCCCGAGUCAUAAGUAACACGAAUCCAUCAAACUAAUCACAUCAGCCUAAGAUUUUUUUCGUACAUAGAAAUAAAGACAACCAGGACCUAUGUCGAAUUUGUAAGUAAUAAAAGUCCAUCAAACUCACCACUUAAGCCUAAGGAAUCUUUCGCAAAUGCAAGUAGGGAUGACACUGAUACUCAGGCAAUAUUUGACUAGGACGGACUCUAAAGGGCCACUAAUUUAUUUUUUCAUGGAAUAUCCUUCAUCCAAAAUUGAUCCGCCCAUCAGGCUGUUACCUCAGGUGCAAAAACAGAUGCUCAUUCUUUCGAAAGCAAUUAAGGGACAAACAACCAUUUGGGGAUUAUAUGUAUUUAAGCACCAAAUAGAAAGUACAUUUCCGAGAUCCCAUCAUGUUUGUCUGGACUUAACAUAGGAGUCAAAAAAGACAACCAUUUCAAAACAGAUGCAAAUAAGAGAACAGAAAGAAGCUUCCCCGUGGAAAUCAUUCUAUUAAAUUCCUCUCCUGCAUUCAGUAAAGCAAGAUUACAAAAAAUAAAAACUUUCGCCUUUUCUCUUCCAAGCGUCUACCAUUUGAUUCUCAUUAUGCUUUCGAAUCCAAACUCUCGCGAUUGAAGGGCCAAUCAGAAGCGUUUGGCUCUUAAAUUACACGAAAAAAAAAAAAUCAGAGUCAGAGCUUCCAUCACGCCAAAGCAAGGUUGAUAAACACCAAUGAAGCUUCAGCAUUGAAAGUCAAUCUAAAGAAAAAGCUGGUCCCUGACGGAAGCACCGGACCCUUCAACGAUGAGACUCAUAUUGGACGCCUGAGUGGGCGCACGCACACACACACGGGGACAACACACACGCAGGCUCGCAGCCACGCAUAAACAGAAAUUCUUCCAACCAAAACCAUCAAAAUAACACGAAAACAUGCCCGAGCAACUAGACAAUUACCACCAUAAAAUAAAAGAGAACUGGCAAAGAUCAAAGCAAGAAGAUGAAGUUCGGUGCUCAGAUACCUAACCCAUCGUCACGAAAAACUGAGCAACAAAAACUACACUACAUACUUUGGGGCUUUCAGGCUUCCACUUCAAGCUGAAGGAUCCCUCAUAGUGCACAGGGCAACAUUCUCUCCUACUGCCAUGUGGAGCAGGCAAGGCCAGGGAAAAU